GAGGAAAGCCGCGGGCGCCCGUAUAUACGUAUAUUACAGACGGGCCCGGCAGAUAACCGGAACAGUUUUCCCGCCGGACGUUUUCUUAGUACGCCACUAGCACGCCACUCGUGCGCCACCGUAUCAUUUACUUCAGACGCACCCGAACACGACACCCGGCAACACGACGGCGACCGCGGCGACAGCAUCAUAAUAAUAAUAAACAAUAUUUUAAUAUUCCGUCGUUCGUGUUAUAAUAAUAUUUAUCGUUCGUUACCGGCAGUCGUUUACCGGGAACCGACCAGUCCGCGUACACUCCGCUGCCAAAUUCACCACCGUCCGGAGACGUUCGGUUUAUUUUUCUUUUUUUUUUUUUUUUNAAUAUUUAUCGUUCGUUACCGGCAGUCGUUUACCGGGAACCGACCAGUCCGCGUACACUCCGCUGCCAAAUUCACCACCGUCCGGAGACGUUCGGUUUUUUUUUCUUUUUUUUUUUUUUUUGGCGCGAAAUUAAUCGGGCCGCCAAAAAGACGAGCGUUUUUUGUUCCCCCGUCUAAAAUCCACCGACGUCGUCGCGAACUAUGGGAUUUUUCAAAGGUAAGCGGUCUGUUGUCAUUCGUUGAUUUGUCUUUAGUCCCGAUGCAAAAAAAAAAAAACCACAAAAAACGUCUCCUGCAGUAAGAAUAGUAUUAUGACAAUACACUCGUACACUGUAUUACAGUCGUACUACUACAGCCGCCCUUCGCCUACCCCCUAACCGGCCCCCCACAAACAAUUGUUGAUUUGUUUUUUUUUUUUUUUAAAUAUUUUUUUCAACAGCGGAUUCAUCGAUACUGUUUAUAUAUUAUUAUUGUUGUUCUAGGCCGCUAAUAUGUACACCGUGCACAGUAAAUAGGUAUAGAUUGCUAUCGGAAAAUUGUCAGAAUAUGUCCGCUGCCAAUGGUUCGUAUCAUAUAAUAAUAAUAAUUAUUAAUGUUAUAAAAUAUCGUUUCCGAAUUCGCGUAAAAAAAAAAAAAAAGAUUAUUUAUUUAUAAACGAUUUUCCGAUUGCAUGGUGUUAUUUAUUUUUUGUAUAUUGGACCGCUCGUUUUAGAAACGUAAUUAUUUUUUGGUUUUUUUUUUUUUCUAUUACCGUUGUUAGCAGCAGCCCUUAUACAGAACCUAACUACACUUACAUAUAAUACAACACUAUAGCCCGUUUCGGACACUCGUGCCUAAUAUUCACGUGUCGUCCGAGUAUUAUUUUUCAUUGUUAUUAUUAUUGUUAUUUUUUAUUUUUUUUUUUUUUGCACGGUUUGUUUUUUUACCGCCGUACCGACGCCGGUUCCUCGCCGACGAAAUUGCGUACGCUCGGACAAACAGAAUACACUAUCGUUGUACGCGCCCGGUGUUUUUCACUGUGACCGUUUCGCUUUUCGUCGGGGGUGGGGGGAAGGUGUUCGAAAAACCCCAGACAUUUGGCUUCCCGAGCCCCCCCCCCUCCUUAGUCGCGCCCUAUGGACAUGCGUCCGUUACAGCGUAGUUUGCAUACGCGUUUUUGUCGGACCAAAAACGGACAACCGACGUGAAAAAUAAAGUCGUUUGAAUUGAAGUGAAAAAAAAAAAAAAAAAAAAAAACCCCGCACACCGUCGCAAUAUAUUUUAUCGACGGGACGUACUUUACCGGCUCGUUGAAACGGUUGACACGCGGUGCUUGCGCACGACCUACACGGUCCGUGCACGAACGAUAUUGUUCGCAAACAAACCGCGCCCGCUGAAGUGUACAUAUAUAUAUCGGUUAUAAUCACUCGUAAAAAUCGUAUUUUAAUUGAAAAAAAAAAAUUAAUAAUUAAUAAUUAUAAUAACGACGCGCGUAUUUGAAACGGAACGGUUUCGACGACGCUAUCGGUAAUCGAUGACAAUAGAAAAAAAAAAAAAAAUGUAUAUUAUAUAUCCACUCGAACCGCUGGGCGAACGCGCAAUAUCACAACCGUCCGUCCCAGACGUUCUUGACAUUCGCGCCGCCGCCGCCGCCGCAGUGUUGAAUUACGUGCGCGCGAAAAAGGCGCGCGAAUCGCGUCGAUUUGUCGACCGAAUGGCCAGAGCGCCAACAACAGCGAACGCACUUGCGGAUUACAUAAAUCCGUAGGCAGCUCCCGUUAGAACACGCGCAACGUACACAGCGCAGUGGCGGAUCUGCGUAUUUCGAGCGUGUUUUUUCGCGUGAACGAAAUCGGUUUGAACCCCCCCCCCCUUCCCCCUUACUCUUCUUUUCAGUUAUAAUAACUCGGAACGUUUGUUUCGGCACCGAUUUCGAGUACGUUUUUGUCACAUCAUUUAUAUGUAUCAUGUGUGAUUUACCGUUUCCCGGGGAAAAAGUGUUCAGAGUAACGGUUUUGUACAGGGCCCCCGUACUAGGCGUUUGUCCGGGCCCUUUACAAAACUUCCAACAAUACAAUUUACCAUAAAUUAUUAAAAAUCAAGAUUCAUAAACAUUUUGAUAAUAAUAAUGUUUUUUUUUUUAAAUUUUUUAUGAUAAUAUUAUCUAAAUGAAAACACGAUAAUUUCUAGGUAAUCAAUGGUUAACACCCGCACUUUAAUAUAUCAAAAUGACUAAAUAUAUGUAUAUCAUAAAUUAUAAUUAUUAUUAUUAAAAUUAUUAUUAAAAAAUUAUUAUUACUAUUAAAAUUUGAAAAAUUACAUAUUCAUUUCAACAGCCCCUUGUAGGUGCCCUGAUUUUGUACAAAGUUUACAACAAGCGAGCGAAUUGAAUUUUGUGAAUACACCGUUACAAUGCAUCGUUUAAACCGAACAAAUUGCGCACGAGAUAAAAUUUAAAAAAAAAAUAAAAAAGACGGAUAUACUUCGCACGAGAGUGCAGCUACUGUUGUAGGUAGGAAGUCGGGAAGAUAGGAUACCGAUGGGAAUUUAAUGUACAUCUGUAAGCAACGGUGAACCAUUGCUAACAAAAAAACGAUUCUGAACGGAGUUCAGUUAUUAGUGUAGCUUUGUCAAUACAAUAUAUGGUAUAUAUCAUAUUAUGGUAAAGUGAUUACAACAAUGUGCGUUUCCGUGAUAACAAUGAUUGUUUAAAAAAUAUUAAAAUAAUACAAACUUAAUAAUAGCAAAAAAUAAAUAAAAACGGUUGCAAAUGACAGUCUUGUUUUUAAUCUUUCAAUCUUUUUUAACCUAAAGACCGAGGUUUUACUCAUUAUCUCGAAUAUUAGUGAGAAUUUCAAAAAAUUAUCUUUUUAAAGUAUUACCCGGAGAACGUUUCCUUUCAGAAAAAGUGCUAUACUUGCUAAUCGGAGUAUGAUUUCUGGUAGAAAAAGUGUUUACAUAAAAAAAAUAAACAUCAUUGUAAAAACAAUACACUCCUCGCUUCAUUCAGAAUUUAAUAUCCCAAAAAUCGACUUACGUCCUUCUAUCCGCGGGAACGAACAUAAAAAUAAUAAUAUUGCCGUCCCCCUCUCCCCCUCCCCCCGUUACAGUCAGACGGAGACGACAAAACGCGUUCUCGACGUAUGAUAGGUAAUAUAAUGUACAUUAGGUACCGCGAUAUUAUAAGUACUUUAAACUCGUCGACCGAAAAAAACAACAACCCGCGGAAAUUAUCGACGAUAGGCGUUUAGCGAAUAGCAUUAUUACGAUAAUACGACGGUGAUUACGGUGCUCUAAAUACCACCUAAAAUGUACCCAUUAAUCUGGUCAAGGACUCGUAUUUAUAUAUUUAUUAUGAAACGCGAAAACUACGAGAUGAACAAAUUUUAAUCUCGUGAUUCUCGAACAACACGUUAUAAAAUGUUAAUUAAGUGUGCAUGAAAAAAAAAAAAAAAAAAAAAUGAAUAACAAUAAAAAUAAUAACUGUUCAAACAAUAUAUUAUUACCGUGCACAGGGUGAUUCGCUAAGCGUGCUUACCGCAUUCGUAUGAUUAAAUUUUGCGUACAUUAAAAUUCUGGUUUUCGGAAUUUUCGAGUGCAGUUAAAGCCGGCAUUUUCGAAUACACAGAUUUCUCACAGCAUUUAUGGAGCACGAUGCGGCGAUGCCAACUGCGGUUUUUGCGUGGAAAAUUUGUCCAGACAGAAAAAAUUAUAAAAAAACGUUCUAGGAUAAUGGGGACGAGUGCAGACACUAUUAUAGGUAAUUUAAUGUACACCUGUAAGGAACGAUAAACCAUUGCUAACAAAAAAAACGAUUCUGAGCGGAGUUCAGUUGUUAGAGAUGAAUUUUCAACAAUAUAUAUUUGACAUAUUAUAUUAAAAUAAUUAAAUAGGCUUUAUAUAUUUUUUUAAAAUAAUAUUUGUUUAAUGGUGUACCGAUUUUCUCGUUUUUCCCGGUAUUUCACAUUUGUUGAGAAAAUUGAAAAAUGACCUCCUUAAAGUACCUGCCUUUCAGAAAAAGUGCUGCAUUUAAACAUCGGAACUAGAUUUUUGAUAGAAAAGUCGCACACAGAUAAAAAAAAAAAAAAACAUCUUUGUAAAACCAUUUAUUUGUGUAACCAUCUGAUUUACAAUAUUAACAUUAAAACGUGUACUAGAUUCUCGUCCGAAAAACCAAAGUCGGUAUCGCUACUCCUAGAGUGUCGUGAAAAACCUAAAAUAGUCGAAAAUAUCCACGCAUACACUUCAAAAUUCCGAAAAAUCGGAAUAAUUCGAAUGCAUUCGAAAUGUAACGGUACAAAACGGGGUGACCGCGCUGAACGAAUCACACUCUAUACACGUCGGACGACCGUUCGAAAAAAUGUUUCGAGUAUUAAUUUGAUUUUUGCACCGUUCGACGUUGUAAUAUUACACAGCGCGUUUAUCGCCAACGAAAUGUUUUAUAAUACCGGUUAUUAUGUCGUGUAGUAUUACCUGUUAUAUAGGUAUACGUACAUCUGCUGUAUAAGCUACAAACGAUAUUAUAACAUAGGUAUACCGACCUCGUUAUGAAACACGGUGAACACGGUUUUACGCGAUUUUCGCUUUUCGUUUGGUACAUUAUCCGGUUUAUAUAACACAGUGUGUAGUAUAGCGUCGUACGUGUGCGUGUGUAUUACAAACGAGCACACAGACAAAGGUACGACGACGUGCGAUGCCGGGUGAAAAUAAUAAUAAUACAAAUACAAAUAUGUAAAAGUCCGCGGUGUUUUUUUUUUAAUGAUACAGGGCUCGGGAUUUUUACCGCUAAACAUCUACAGAAAAAAAGGGCUUAAAAACGUUAAGGAGAACCCAGAAAAAACAAAUUAAAAAACAUUUUUAAAAGCGAAAAUAGUAGAGAUUAGUACUUUUACAUUUCUACCAUUCGCCUCUGACGGCUCUUUUCUGACGCUACACAAACGGUUGACGCCAAGUCGUUUUAGGCGGACAGCUUUUCUUCCAGCAAUUUUGCUCCGAAAUUUUCAAGUGAACACCCAUCUUUUGAUUUAUUUUCAUUUACUUGCAUUUACUACUUUAUUUAUUUGCGUACAUUAACUUAACGAGUAAUAGGUGUGAGCUGUAUCACACGUUGAUAAGUUAAUUUUUCAGUUUUAACACAAUAUUAUAUUAAAUGUACCUAUAGAUAGAUACCCAUAAUGUCCAUAAUAACUGUGAUUUUUUUUUUAACCGUUUCUUCCCGGUUUUUUUUUUUUGGAGCGGGAGGUGAGAAGGAAGGUUGAAUUUAUAUUCCACUCGAUUGCAUUAACAUGUGUGUUUAACAUUGAUUAAAAAAAAAAAAACUAAACAAAACAUAAUUAUAAUUCAAUUUUAAAAUAAAUAUUUCCCUUUGCUUGAUUAUUUUACGAAAUUGUUGACUUUUAACCGCGUCGACUCAUAUUGUUAAACUCGUUGACCCGUGUCAACUUUAUUUUUUCAAUCGACUCAAUCAUAACAAUUAAUAUUAAAUUCAUCAACUUGUUCAUCGUGACGCGUAGCAGCAUUUCGAACCGUUUUGAACACGUGUAACGUCGUGAUAUAGAUAGAUCUCACCUGCGACACAAAACCUUCGAGAUCUCGAACACAAUAUUACAAGGGUCGGAAAGGGUUUUCAACAUUUGUUUAAAACGUUCAGAAAUUAAAUCAGAACUACUCAAUAAUGAAAACACUUAUACUAUUUUAUAGUCACUAUUCAUUUCGAACGUCCGAAUGGAAAUAAACAGUUCCCUAUUACUUUUGGAUAAAGAGGCGAUGAUAUUUUCUUCAAUUCUUUAAUAUUUCGUUAUUGGUGGUGGUAUGGUUGCGACGCGAGUUGUGUUUUUAUGAUAUUUCCGAAAAAUAAUGUUUAAAACAACGCGUUCGUUCGCAAUUGAAAACGAUCGUUUUUUUUUUUUUUUUUUUUUUAUACAUUUUAUUCGGAACAACUCUCCGCCUAAUGAUAUUUUAUUAGGUGCGCCGGAAAUGUACACCCGCGGUGUUUUAUCCGUGCCGGCGAAACGUUUCCACGCGCGCGGUCCAUUGACGCCCCUGACAACCCGCCGCCAGUAUAUCGCGCCGCGGCGUCGUGAUCGAACUGUGCGCUCUAAUGACGCCGUCAUAUAUGUACGCCGCCGCCGCCGCCGAGCGUAUUAUUUUAUUGCGAACGGGCGAAAUGCGAAAUCGUCAACACCGACGUCGUAGCCAACCCCAUCCGUAGCGGCACGUGGCGAAGUCGCGCGCGCGUAUUAUGAAGUUCGUCGGGUAGCACGACGGCCGUUUUCGGAGCUGUCCGCGACGGCCGCGCGGCGCGGAAACAAUAUUCCGAAAAACGCGUUCCCCGUUUCGUUUUGCGACGCGUUGUUUGUUGGCGUUUACGCGCGAAAACCGUAACCGAGCGGAUGUCAAACGACGGUUUCUAAACUUCGACCGGCGUUCGUCCGCGCCCCUAGCCCCAUUUUCACUAUAACUGUACCAGUUUUUUCGGGUCGGUACCUUUGCCCCCCCCCCCUCCGCCUUUAAAUGUGCCACUGGUCGUGCUUACCAUAAUAGGACUGCUGCACCCUCCCAACGAACGAAUGGAUUGACCGUAAGUCGUGUACGUCCAACCGUUCGCGACCCACCCGUCUGCCCGACUUCGGCCCAAGUCGCGCAACUGAUUUGGGUGUAGGUACAAUAGUCCGAGGCAAAUAUUCCACUAAAUAUUAUAAUAUUAUUGUCGAACGUCCUCCGCCGCGUAGCAGCAACGUGCCGCCGGCGUCGGUGAAUUGAUUUUUUUCGGUGGUGACGAUGUUUGACGGCGGUGACGCACAUCGCGAUUCGAACUGCGUAAUUCACCGUGUUCAUUGUUACCUACUAUUGUAACGACGAAAUGAGACCGGCGUCCCGAACAUUAUAAUAAUAAUAAUAUGAAAUAGGUGCCUAUCUCGCGUAAUCGAAUACCAAGGUUAAUGUUUCAUUAAUCGUCCAAUUUAUCAUAGGUGCAUCGUAUAGUCGCGUUAUAGUAAACAAUGUAAUUAUUAUUGUCAAUAAACGCCACAUCGGUCAACAUUUACGGGAGCACCGGCCACUGGCGGCAGUGUGACGCGACCUCAAAUUCCGGCGAGUAACGUUUCGUAAUCGCAAUUGAUUAUUCAUCGAUAUUCGUUUCUGCGGCGCUUCAUCAACGCCGAAAAGUGUCACGAAAUGUCGCAAAAGCGUACGGCGGUUUAGGUAUAACUUGCACGGCAUACAUUUUGUUGCAUGGGCGAAGUUAAAUAAAGAAGAAAAUAGAGCUGAUAUUGGGGACGGGCGCGGCCAUUGUUGUUGGUGAGAAGUACAUAAGUUUAGUCCAUUUAUAUCUAUAAGCAACGAUAAACCAUUGCUGACGAAAGACGAUUCCGAGCGCAGUUCGGUAAUACCAUAAUAUGAAGUGUUUUUUUUAACAUAAAACGUUUUUUUUUCCGAUUAUUAUGAAAACUAAUUCGAAAAUCAAUAAAACGAACUACAUUAUUAAAAACAAGAUUAAUAAUUCAACAAAUAAGGUCACUUGUCGUUUUUCAAACGUUUUUCCCGAUUAAGCGCUUUUAUUUAAAAAAUGGCGUCGAAAAUCAAAACAUGACCUGUUCCAAGUACAAUCUAGACAAUUUGAGCAGAAAAAUUGCGGUUCAUAAAGAUCGGAGCAAGUUUACUAGGAAAAUACGUGUCCACAGAAUAGAAUGAAAAAAAUAAAUAAACAGCAUUGAUAAACAAAUAGCUCCCUUGCUACGCUCGAAAUCUGAAAAAUCCAUUAAGUUAAAAUCCCAGAAAUAUGAAUUAACUAUCUUAGUACCCUAUAAUACCUUUUCUUAAAAGUGUUAAUACAAUUUUAGAUUCCAAAUGCAACGAUGAAUGUAUUUGUUUUACUCUGAUGUGUGCUUUUCCCCCCUAUCUGUUUACAAUUUUUUCACCAGAAACUUUACCUUGAUUCUCGAGUAUAACAUCUUAUGACUUUUUCUGAAAGUCUAGAUAUUAGAAAGUUUAUUUUUUAAAUUUUAUUUUGAUUUUACUUUCGGUUUUCUUAAUAAUUGGGAAAAAUAUAAUAAAUAUUCGAAUGUUAUAUUUCAUAAUCGAUUAACUUUGAAUUUCAAUCGGAUUUCAAUUGGAAAAUUAGUAAUUCCAUCGUGUUUUCAAUCUGUGACAAACUGCACGGAUUGAACAGAUUCCGAACCACUGAAUAGAUUUUGUUAAAAUUUUGAAAGGAGAUCGAUUAUAUCCUGAGAAAGGACAUAGGCUACAUUUAUUCGUCCGGGGCAGCCAUCUUUACAGUAAUCUAUUACUGUUAUCAUAUACGGGAAAAGAUAUUAUAAAUGUCUACGUGGACAAAGUUGCACAUGGACGAAGCCGCGUAAUACAGCUAGUAUAUAUAUAUUAAGUAGAUAUGCUUCAAUAUACAAAAUAAAAAAAAUUAACCACGUCAAUAAAUAAAUGUUGUGAUAUAAUAUAAAUGCACUAAGUGCUUACAACUUAUAGUGGGUUUCUACCAUUUGCAUUACUAAAUGACUCAAUGGAAUCGAUAGGUACGAAUAGUAGAUACUUAUAUGUUCAAAUUUGCUUCUUGUCAAAUAUUAAUUCCAAAAUAUUUCGAAAGUUAUCAAACAAUGUCUAAACAACUAAGAUUAACUGUUCUGGCAUAAAAAAGAGUUCCAAUAAAAAGUUGCACUGCCAUCGUGAAUUUAGUAACACAAAAGUUCAAUUUGGCCUCCUGUCGAAAAUAAAGUUCAACUAAUUUCAAACGUUAUCUAACAAUGGCAAGCAAUUUACAAACGAAUUUGUUAGAUGUGUUAGAUCGAUGUCUGCUAAUGUUGUGCUGCUCUGUUCAUAAGGACUACAAAAUGUAUACACUAUUUCACUAUAAAAAGACAGCUUUCGACGGCUUCAUCCGUUUCCAACGAUAAUUAAUUUUUUAGGAGCUACAUGUUUUUGAAAAUUUAAGAGGCGAGGAAGGUUAUGCCGGUCUAAUGGUGCAAUAAUGGUCACUCUUGGUUAAAACGUCAUCUAGAAGUUCUAUUUUGAAAAAUUGUAGAUCUCUUGUAACUCCCUCAGGCGUUAAAUUUUGAAAAACCCCGUCUUCGUGAGUCAUUACAUCAUAAAAUUGAACUAUAGGUAAUGUUCAAAUUUCAUAGUGGUUUUUCCUUGGCAAUGAUGAAACAGUCAAUCGAGACAACCUAUUACACAAAUUAUAUAUUAUAAACGCGUAAUAUUAAUCUCUAUAUUAUAAUAUGCAGUACAUAAAAUACACCGCAAAUAACGCGUACAAGUUCAUCGACGGGGUUAGUAAUAAUGACUUGUUGAACAUAAAAAAUAACGAUUUUAAUACGCGUACGUCGUCGGGGCAUGUGAAAAUAAUAUAGAAACACGAGAGACAUUAAAAAUAUCGGUUUUAAACGUCGUCACGAAAAAUUCAGUUAAUUUUAGAAACUAAUGCCGAAAGAAAGAAACGAAAGAAAUAAAUGAAUACCGAAUAAAUAAUAUUAUUAUAAUACACCUUAUUACUUUAUGGGGAAAAUGUUGUAUUUAAACUCCAUUCCCGUCCACGGGGAGUAAAGAAAUAUUGUCGUACCACAGGGUUCGGUUCGCGAGGUUAGACCGGAGGUGACCGUCAAAAACCGUAGUGUCGACGAACCCGCGACCUUGACGGCGUAUCGUACCUGCAAGCCGUUUUUGUUAUUAUGUUGUUAACCGGUAUAGGUUAUGUUAGUAAAGGCAAGGACGUACGUCCAAGAGACGGGGAGGGGGAAUGAAAUUUAUUAUCAUAAAGUAUCUGUACGUGUAGGUACUGGAUUUAUUAAUUUGAAAUACAUACCUAACUCCUAACCAUUCAACGCAUUCAACGCUCGAAUUGGAAAAAUGAAAGAAGAGCGUUUAUAAGACUUUUAAAAAAAUAAUUAGCGUCUCUUGCAAUUAUUGAACUUGACCUAAUCCGUGGGGGGCUCUGCCCCAAUAACAAUUUUUAAAUAUAAUGCAAAAAUUAAUAAUUUCCGAAAAAAAAAAAAAAAAAAAAAAUUAUAACACUAUCGCAGGCUAAUUUUCGAUUGCUUAAUAUAUAUUUAAUUUAGAUUCUACUAAUUUAGCGAUUUUGUUAUUUUUUCCUAUAUAUAUACCACUUUUCUACCAGAAAUCUUACUCCGAUCAUCAAUUUUAGAGUUGAUGCCGUUGGUGGUUUCUAGUAGCCAUUUUUGUCUGGUUGGUGUAAUGAGAAGGUUAUUUUUAGAUAUUCCUUGUAGUAUUCUUUAUAAUGGCGAAAACCUAGAGAUAAUGUUGGAAAAACUGUAAUAUUUACAUGAUAACGAUUUUUUUCGUUGUAAUUCGGUGAAAAAUAAUCGUAUACGCCGAAAAUUAUAAUUCAUAUAGGUAUACAUAUUAUAAUUUACCGCAGCUCUUUUCAGACACGAUAUAAUUGAACUGAUUUUUAUAGCGAUGUAAGGAAUCCCCAAACGAUAUUCUAGAUACCUUGUUCAAAUCAGAGGUAUGGUAAUCAGAAGUGUAUUUUGUUCUGAGUACCGGUUUAAGCUUUCAACACCGACACAUAACACAUACUGUAUCGGUUGUUCACGUGGUGUUAUUAUUGGUAAUACGGUAUAAACGAGGGUAUACAGGGUGAUUCAUUAAGCAUGCCCACUUCAUUUUUAUGCUUUAAUUUUACAUAAAUUGAAAUUCUGAUAUUUGGAAUUUUUAAGUGUAUAGUUAAAGCUGGAAAAACGAAUAGGUACUUAGAUUUUUCACUGCUUUUAAGGAGUAACCUGUGUUGACGCCUAUUUUGGUUUUUCAAAUGAGAAUCUUUAAAAAUUCUAUAAAUAAACCGAAUAUUAAUUUAAAUUUCAUUUCGGUGUUGAUAUUUUUGAUUUCCGUUGACCCGUUGACGAGAUAUUCCACUUUUAAUUUUGGAUACGGGAAAAAUAGUGGAACAUUAUGAAAACGUUGCUCACCAUGCCGCCACACAAAUAAUGCUUUUUACACUGUUAUCCUUGGUAUUUUGUAAAAGAAUAACUCGGAAACUUGCAUUUCAAAUUUGAUUGUAAUACAUUUUCAGAAAAAUCAUCCUGUUUAGAAUAUUAACGCUUUAAAAAGUGUGUUAAGUUCUCGUUUGAAAAGCCAAAGUCUGUAUCAUCACUAGAUACUCCUUUAAUGUUGUGAAAACUCUAAGUAUUGAGCAUGCUUAAUGAAUGAUCAUGGGUACAUAAUAUUAGUGGGGUUCACAUCAAUUUUUUAGAGAGUAUACUAUUACACAUUCUGUGCUUUACAUCAUGAGGUAUUUUAUGUCUUUUUAUUGUUUAUACUGUUUAUAGGGAAAUAGAUACAUCAAUUAUAAAAAAACAUUAAAAUAAAACACUCGUAAUAUCCGAAUUUUUCUUCUGACUAUUUCUAUUGCUCAGGUAACCCAGAAAUCAAAACGAAUUAUAUUAAAAAUUGCCAGGUUUUCGGAUUUAUUAUAAAAACUACAAGAAAAAUCAAUAAACCGCCAUCUCUAAUAAACCAACUAAAUCCAAAAUUUUACACCAAAGUUCUGGAAUAAAGUUUUGAAUGAAGUAACAUUUCUGGUAAAAAAGUUAUUUAUACAGAAUCAUAAUAAAAACUUCCCCACUUCACUCAGAAUCUAAAUUUAUAUUUUAAAUCGUAGGAAAAUGUUGAAUUCUUAGUCAUAUAUAGUGAAAUAAAUUGAAUUUAUGCAUUAGUCUAUAUUAACGGUUUUAGAUGUAUAAACGGUAUGCUAAUUGAAUGGUUAAUGAUAAAAAACAGAGCUUAGAUUUUAUAGUAUUGCAAAUAACUGAAAUAUGUGCUAUAAUAUGACCUAAACAUUUAAAAAUAAGCCAGAGUAUGCCAUAAAAACAUGAAAAUAUAUUAAUUUUUAAUUUUUUUUUUUUUUUUUUAAUAUAUAAAUACAACCGAAAUAGAAGUCAUAAAUGUGAACUGUUCGGUAGGUAUGCAGGGCUACAUAAAAAUAGAUUACAAUAUGAAAUGAAAACGUAUAGGUAAUUUUCUUAUGGAUUCACAAAAUGACCAAUUUUUUUUUCUACUAUUUAUCAAAUAGCAAAAAUUAACAUUAAAAAUUGAAAAAACUAAAAUAUAAAAUACUUCAAACGUGCAAAAAUUAACAAUGUAAAAUUUGGUAUUCAGAGUCCUUGGCACGUAAAACAAUUAUUAAUGUACAGCUCACUCUGAUAUUUUUAUCUGUGUCCUGUAGUAAAUUAGCGAACGCUAUAAAAUCCGAGCCCUGAUAAUAAUAUAAUAAUAUAUCACGACAAAUUAAACAAAAAAAAAAAAAAAAAAAAACUAUUCUGAGCAGAGUUCAGUUGAUAGUGUUGCUUUGUCAACAAUACACAUCAUAUCGUAUUAUGGUAAAAUAGUUACACACGCAUUAUAUAAUGAUUAUAUAAUGAUAUUAUUAUGGAAAAUAAUUAUUGAACUAUUGUUUUCUUCGAUGAUAUUUGUUCAACAUCGUACCUAUUACAUCGGUUUUUCCCCGUUUAUCGGGAGAACUCCUGGGAAAAUCGAAAAAUUUCCCACGCUUAGAGUACCUGCCCGGUCCGAUUUCGUCUCGGGGGAAGCGCUAUCGUUGAAAACUGAAGCGAAAUCGCCGGCGGAAAAAUUGUAUCCGAAAAAAAUACGGCGUGUAAUUAUUAAACCUACCCCGCGGGGGGUGAACACCGUUGUGCGUAUUUUGUACGUUAACGGGUAGGCGCGAUUAUCUCGAGCGAACGGUAAUCGCUCGCGCUCCGGAACAUUAAAAUAUAAUAUUUCAUAAAACGUACGGGAAAACAAGAAGGGAAAAAAAAACAAUUCGCUAAUAAUACCGCGCGCGUAACGGGCGGCCGGCUGCGACGCGCCGCGGCCGUCGUCUGAGGUCGCGGCCGCGCGGUCAUUCCGGUCCGCGAGUCCGGCGGACCUGUUGCGCGCCUCCGUAACGAUAAUUGUUGUUGUUGUCGUCGUCGUUGUCGUUGUUGUUGUUGUUGUUGUUGCUAUACGCGCCGAGCUCGUUACUCGUUAUCACUCGCGCGCGCCGAGCCGGUGCGGUGUGGUAAAUCGAAAACCGAACGUUUUUUUUUUUUUCUGUUUAUCAUUUUUAAAAAAUCCGUCUUGUCGUCGCUAACGCCGAACGUUGCCGAACCGACAACCGCUCGCGCCGCCGCCGCCGCCGCCGCCGCGUAUUGUUGUUUAAUCGUUUUUAGGCGCGGGCACAAUAAUAAUAUCGUGCGGGUCGCGCUGCACCGAUCACGGGAACCGCAACGCCCGCGAUCGCGCUAUAUAACAGCCGCGCGUUUAACAGAUAAGACGCAUUCGAGGAUAAGGCUCGUCACGGCGACGGUCCUCGUGUAACCCCGUCGCGUACCCGUACCCCGUAUCGCCCGUUGUCGUUCCUUCCGCCGGUCGGAACGCGUUUCCGUUUUCGUGUUUUGCGUUUUUCACUAUUCUCCGCGCCCGCGGCCAACGCGCGUCGCAACGCCCGCCGCAACCACACGCCCGGGGUGCCGUAGUCGCCAUGUCCGGCCGCCGCAAGAGCGUCGUCGAAAACUGCAGCAAAACGGCCGCCGAAGUCGCGACGAACAUUUUCCGGACCAACGGAGACGGACAAAGUAAGGCGCCGGGAACGGUUAGACAAAAAAAAAAAACCGAUAAAAAAAAACAAAAAAAAAAAAAAAACGAACGAACGAACGAACAAAUAAAAAACCGCCCGGACUGUAAACCCGCGCGGAUGAAAACUAUUACACGCUUACGCCGCCGUAUAAUUUAUCGUUAUAUUUACACUCGCGAUAAUAAUAAAAAUAACGGCGAAAACGGAAAAAAAUUCCCGUUCGCGAGAAUUAACGUACCAAAAAUAACGCGAAUAAUAACAUCGUAAUUAUUAUAUUUUCGCGUUGGCGCUGGUCGUCGUGUGCGAACGGCGGGUGGGGGCGGGGAAGGCGGGCUCAUUUUGUUCAUUAAGCGGACGCGAUUUUUAAAACGCACCCAACGACAACGGACAAUACAAUAAAAUUACAAUAAAUAUUCACUACGCUGGAAAACGGGCGAAAAAAACGGGGGGGGGGGGGGGUGUUUUUUUUUCCAUCUCGGGUUUUCAUACAGUACAAUAAUUAUUAUUUUCGUGUAUACAGAUAACAAUAUUCACAACCCGAAUCGGGACCGACGUUUUACCGCACACCACCCUGGAUGCAUACUUGCGUUGUACGCAUUUACCGGCUCGUUCCAAUAUCACAAUGCUAAUUCUAACCGGGUAUAGGGUAAUACUUACAUGUAGACCCGACGCCGAAAAUAAUUUCGUGGUAAUGUGGAUGGAGGUGGGUUACACAAUGAAAACGUACGGCGUUCCGAUUUUACUGCAAUAACGUACAAACGUAGUAAAAUUAUAAACACAUAAAGCACGGACAGAACAUUUCGGGGAAAGGUUAUGCGUAUCUCCGACAAUAUCAACGCUCGGAAGGAACGGAUUCAAACGGAUUCGUCCGUAUGAUAUUGUGCGCUUUUCGGGAAUUCAUCGGAAACGGAUCCGGGUGGGGACGAGGAACGAUUUGUGUUUUUCAGUAUAAUUAAUUUCAAUAACCCUAGACGUUCUCGAACAUUUUUCAAAUAUACUACAUUUUUUGAUUAUUGUCGGUAUACGUCCGUUCCAAUGUCGUCAUUAUGGAGGACGUAUGCAGAUUAGGCGUUUGUGCAAUCGAUAAUAUAGUAAACUAUUUCAAUAAACAAAAAAAUAAUUUGAACGCGAACCGAUUCCCCUUUGUAUGGAACUCUCCAAGCGCCGCGUAUAAUACCCAAGGCGAAUAAAAUAAAACCCGCCGUAUAGACAAGCCCGGAUUAAGACAUUUGUCAGAGGUCCCGGGGCCGCCGGACCGUUCGACGAGACGCUCGUCGCACGAAAAAUGUUUACUAACCAGCAGCACGUCUUCGCGGAAAACGGAACAGCGCGAAUAGCACGGACGUGUCGUACGUAUUCAAAGGCCGCGAGUAUCAUUCAGACAAAUGAUCGUAUUGUUUGCUAACUAAGUUACGCCAGUGCCGACAGUUUCUCUUUUUGUGACGACACGCGAAUAAGUCUGUGCCGUGCGCGGGCGACGACGAGAAACCAAUUGAAAUACCAAAGUUAACGGUUAAAUCGCACGCGCGAGACACGGUCAGGUUGGGUUCCGCGGGUAAAGACCGGCGCCCCGGGAGUCUGGUGGCCACGCGCCUCCCCUUAAGCCUCCCCCCCCACCCGUCAAUCCGGACACGCGUGCUUACGUACCGCGUCGCGACGACGUGCACGCGACGCAUUAUUAGGUUAUCGCAAAAUUUUAAUCGCACGGUCCGUUCGAUUGGUUCGUCUCGACCGACCGCCGCAAACAACGACGGCCCGAUAAAAACCGAUUAAAUUGUCACUGUACCGUAAUGUUAUAGCAAAUGCGUCGCGGUCACGUUUUAUGGCGCAGAAAUAAUAAACAGCUCCGCGCGCCACGGUUCGUCCAUUAAGACGACAACAACGUCCGCGUAUUAGGUAAUCGUAUUCGUUAUUGACGUUAUUAUUGUUUUUUUUUUUCCCGCCGAAUACGUAAAUAAGCGAACGCGUUAUCGACGUUGGUCAACCACCGCGUACAACAGUCGGCAGCGGUCUCGGGUCGUGCACACGCAACCGCAAAUCCGCCGUUGGAAUAUUCCCACCGUCCGCGCGUUUCCGAAAACCAUUACGCGGCGCUUGCCGCGGUUCGCCCGGUUGUUGUCGCACGCGUUUUUAAUCGUUUUUAACCGGGCGCCCGUCGCGGAACGUCGUCGCCGUCUUGCGACCGCCGCGUUUGUCGCGGUAAUAUUUUAACCGUACGAGCCGCGCGCCCGUUGCGCGAUGCCAAUAUCGUUCAACUCGCCGCGUACAAAAUACCGUCGCGCGCUUACGCGGGUCGCUCCCCCCCCCGGGUUGUUUGUCACCGUCCGCGGAUAUUUCUCCUCCUCCGUCACCGCACCGCCCCUCCCCCCUCCCCCCUACCAACCCCGUUAUAACCGUUCGGCCCGGCCGAACGCUGUGAUGUCGCGCUAAAAUGCCCGCAGGGGCGGUGCGCGGGGCAGACCGCCAGGGUCAGGACCGCACGUAGGGCCGUUCGCGUUCGUAAAACCGCGCGCGCGCGUAAUUAUUCGCGUGUUACACGCUGUUCUGAACGUCGCGAACACGCGGCCGCGGUUAUGGUGUGCACACAUUCGCGUGCGUUGUGCGUGACUGGAAUUCGCUCGGGGGCGAAUCUAUAUCGGAAAUGCGAGACGGACAAGACGAACGGGGAAAAAAAAAAAAAUAAAAUAACCGCGCGGCACGUGCGGCACGCGUUUCUACGGACGCGCGGUAUAGGAGAUACCAUUGUCUUUACAACCGAUUGCGGUCAUUUUAUCAAUAAUAUUAUUACUGUUUUAUUCUUUCUAUCGCUCCUCCCCCCCCCGUUCAAAUGUAUUCAAGGUCAUAACCAUGGUACACGGCAGUCCACGUUUGUUUGCAAACGUCGCGUUUUAAUUUACAAACUAGAAAAACAUAUUGCGUUCGCCCACCCAGCUGAUAACUAUGCGAUAUUAUUUCGUAAUAUCUACUCGGUAGAUACGCGGUUUUCAACGCUCUUUGCCGCAAAAAUGUUAAGUAGCUUAUCGCCGCGUAUAAUAUUAUAAUACAGUAGUAACCGUCUGCGAUAUUCUAAUUUAUUACGCGAGUAUACCUUCCGUUUUCAGUCAUGCCAAAGCCAUUAAAAUUUAUAACCGCCAAGGUUAUCAAAAAAUGACGUAAACGGAAAAAAAAAAAAAACAAUAAUUGUCUAUAGUGUAAUAAUUUACAAAUUAGAUUUAAUAAGUGCCUCUGCUCAACUAUUAUUACUAUUACAAUCUGUAUUAUACUCUUCAUUAAAAAUCGGAAAAAUAAACAAAUUAUCAUCGGAUAAUACAGCGAGUAUUGUUAUUAAUUUAAUUGGCCGUUUUUGUACCAUAACGCGCGUAUUUAAUUUGUGUAAACGUUUUAUAUGAAACAAUAGUUCAAUUAAAUAAAACUCGGCAGCUGUGCGGUGAAUCGGAAAUCGAUAUAAUAUAUACUGAUUUGUGUACAAAAUUUCUUUCGUAAUACUACACUAAUGAACACUCCAGGGCUCGGAUUUUCAAAACACUAACAAUUACUAAAAUAUGUCAUCUAAAACGUAGAAAUAGUAAGAGAAAAUAACCGUCAAAUUUCGUUUGUCUAUUAUACUGUUGUUAUUUUUUUUAGUGCUUUCAAAUCGGUCGUAAUAAUUAUGCGUUUAUACAUAAUCGAUAAAUCACCAAUGAGUUAAUUCGCAAUCAAAUAAAUUGAAAUAAAUUUGAAUGAAGAUCGGCGCGAUUGAACGCUGCCGUUCAGAAUAUUGUCAAUGAAUAACGUUCGAACGAUGUUUGUGAAAAACGCGAAAUCAAUAUUGUUCGAUGCAGAAAAGAGAGAGAGUAGGCGAAAAAAAAAAAAAAAUGAAAAAUCGCCCAAUUGGCCGCGCCGGGGCGUAAAACAAAAUGUUUGAGCACACUCUGUUAUUAUUUUUUUACCCGCGUUCGAUAUUAAACAACGGUGAUAAUCGUAUCACAACCGCCUGAAUGUAUCAAUCAAUAUUGUUCGAUGCAGAAAAGAGAGAGAGUAGGCGAAAAAAAAAAAAAAAAAAAAAAAUCGCACGCGCGAAUCGUGGGUUUUGUUUUUUUUUUUUGACGGCCCGGACCGAAACACCGCAACCGCCGGCGUUUACACGGGUACACCCGUGCUGUUUGCCGACAAUACGUGGGCAUACGGGGGGGAAAUAAAGACCAUUAACCCCCGUCCCGCCGAAUAUCGCCGCCUUAAAAUCGUUUAAACUUCGCCGCCGCCCGUGAAACGUCGCCCGCUCGGGCGCGCCACCGCGAUGGCGUCCCUCGCGCUUGUCGGGGCGCGCACAAUCAAAGCGCGUCGUGUUACGUUCGUGCGUUUAAUUUUGCGCGCGCGCGUUUGACGCGUAGCGCCGGCGUGUAUCGCAAUAAUAUAUUCGAUGCGAUACUCGGUUUACCGGCCGCGCGGCGUGUGCGUACGGGACGGGAGCGAACGCGGCGCGCGUCUCAAUCAUUGCUCUUUUAUUAUUCAAAUUGGCGGACGGUUACCGCGAGACGUUGCGUCGGACAGACGCGUUUGUACGGGCGCGCGGCGUUUCAGUAACCGAACGGCGGCGGCGGCGGCGGCGGCGUUUUGUGCACGCGUCCUGUGUGCCGCGUGUUGUGCGCGCAGCGAGAGAAUUCAAUUCCGUUGCGAAAAUACAAAACACCACAGUGUACGUAUACAUAUGCAUAUAUACGUACGUACAAACGUACAAGUAUGCGUUAUACGGUGACACCGGAACGGCGGCGCUGUCUUUAAAAUGGCUUCAUCGCAAUUUCGGUUGGGCGCGAUUGUCCUCCGGCGGAGGGACGGGGAGACCGAGAGAGACGGACGAAAAGAAAUAAAUUUCCAUUUGUCCGGCGACGCGUGUGUGUGUGUGUGUGUGUGCGUGUGUGCGUGUGUGCGCGCGCGUUCAACGGCGUACAGGACGAAAUAACACAGGGUAUAAAAACCGACGGGACGCGGUCGUACGGGUCCGUCGACACACGCUACGUUUUGUUUUCGUCCGUCGGGCUCAUAAGGCGUUUCUCACGGCACACACCCGGGUGCCAUAUAUAUAUAUAUAUACAUAUAUAUAUAUGUAUAUAUAUAUAUAUAUAUAAUAUAUUUUUAUACAUAAGAUAUACGUACGUACUCAGGUAUGUCGGUACGUGUAAAACAGUUGUAUGCUAAUAUAAAUAUAUAUAUAUAUGUCAUGUACAGUAUCGUAAUGGUUACAAAGUCCCGCGUCGCGUUUCGUUUCGUGUUUCAGACUUGUCCGGCAUGGGUAGUAAAAAGAGAGAGAUCAACGCACCGCUCAUAGUCGUCUCCAAUCGACUUCCGUUCGUGCUGACCAGAAACGCAGACGGAGAACUUGUGCGGAAACAAAGGUAAACAAAACAAUACCAUACCGACGCGCGGUAACGAUGCGAAAAUAAUGCGACGCGUCAAUGAUGCGAGAAAAAAAUAUAAACAAAAUUUGUAUCGCGUUUUACCGUGAAAUCGUCACGGGCGAACGAAUUCGCCGACAAUUACCUUUCUACUGUCUUACGUGGUUCAAACUAAUAUUGCGCGUACUGCAUAUGGGGCCGUCUGUAACUCAACAAUGUUUACCGAUGUUAAAUUUGUGCCGUGCGUGUUGUUAUUUCGCAUGCGCUCGUUGGGCGUUGAAAAUAAUUUGCGCGUGUACGCUCCAGUUAAAACGGUGUAUUAUUAUUACGCACGGUAAACUCGUAUGUAUUUUGAAUGCGGUUUUCUACACAAACCGGCCGAUACGUCAUCAGAAUGACCGUUGAACGCUCAUCUAGCCUCGGGUAAUCCCGACAAAACGCCUAGACGCGACUGGGUCCAAAUUUUUAUUCGGGGAAGAGUUAAUGCCCUCGUCAUAAUAUUCGCUUCUCUCUCCCGGAAAAAAAUACACCUUUACACGACCUGCAUCUACUCUCAAACGGUCUCUGAUAAAUCCUAAUAUGCGAAUUCAUAGUAAACAAAUAAAUACUGAAUUAUAUAAUACUUGAUACGUAAACAAACCUAGGUCAAGUUUGUUUUGCCAAUUUUCGCAGUGUAAUAAAUUCAUUUUUAAGUAAGGAAAAAAACAAAAAAAACACAAUUUAUAAAUAAUAAGUAAUAUAAUUUGUUUUUCUAUUGAUUUCUUUUAAACGACUCGUAGAUCUAUAUUAUAUCAGUGACCAUAGACGUAACUGGACAUUUUUGUAGAACAGGUAUGUGAGAAGUUAUCUUACAAGGUUAUCGCCAAAUCGACUCCAGUCCAUGAUGGCAAACCGAUUAAUCCGGAAUCGGUAAAUUGCAUUUCCAAAAAAUGUCAAUUACUAUGUAAAUUGCGGUCCGGGUAUUUUUUUGUACAAUGUUAUAUGAUUAAAUAUUUUCGAUUCAUACGUAAACUACAUCUUAGACUUUUUUUACACAAUCAAUAUUUUCCUUUUCAUUUUUCAGACUUAGGAUUGACAAUAUAAUUAUUGUAUUAAUAUUUUAGCACUUUGUGAAAACAAAAUUUGAAUCCGUUAACCACUUUCAACGUGUUCUUUUUUAUAAAGUUAAUUUGUAUUAAAUUGAAAUAUAAAAAUACACUAUCUUACACAUAUUUACCAGUUUCUUAAUUAUACAUUUUUACCUGAUAUACUUAAUUAUUAUUUGUUAAUAAUACAAUUUUUAACUAUAAAUAAAAAACAGCAAAACCAAUAUUUUUACCCAUACUGAUAUUUAUACAAUCAUAUUGGCAGUCCUAAGUCUGAAAAAUCGAAAGGAAAAUAUCGAUUUUCCAAAAAAAAGCCUUAGACAUAAUUUUUCGUAUGAAUAUAAAAUAUUUAGGCAUAUAAAAGGUGUCCCACGAAAAUAUACCCAUUGCCCAUAUCUUUAAAGAUAAUGAAGAUAAUCAAAUUUUGUUUUUUUUUUUUAUAAUAUUCACAGGGAUAAGGACUACAAAUAUUUAUAUUUCAAUUCAUUUUUUAUAUUUCGAUAAAAAACUUAACAUUUUUUUUUAAUUUAUUGUUUUUAAAAAAUUUGAAGGCACAAAAUUUUUAUUUUUUAUUAAAUUCGUAGUUUUUAAUAAUUUUUUAAAGUUCAGAGGAAAAAAGUGUACAGUUAAACUAUCUAUAAUAAUAACAACAAAUUAGCGAAUGCGAUUACAGCCUGCUGCACAAUUAUAGAUAAUUUUCUCUGAACUUAAAAAAUCAUUACAAAUCAUGAAUUUAAUAAAAAAUGACAAGUUGUUACGUCAAAAUAUUUAAAUAAACACUAUAAAUGGCUGGCCAUCUUCAAAAUGUUUCAAAAAUAUUAAAUAAAAUCAUUUUUAAAAUUUUUUUUACUAAAUUAUAAAUAUAUGUAGACUUUAUCCCUACGAAUAAUAAUAAUAAUAAUAAAAAAAAAAACUGACUAUUUCUAUUAUCUCAGAAGAUAUUGUAAUAGGUAAGAUAUAUCUUCGUGGGACACCCUGUACACAAAAUGUACCUAGGCCACAAUUUAUGUUUGUAUAAAAUACACUCGGACCACAAUUUACACAAAAGAAUAAAAAAUGGGGCACAAUUUACAACGACCUCAUUAAUCAGGCAUUGAUAAUAAUUUAGGAAACCUAAAUUCACAUUAAAGACGCACUGAUAUUAUUUUGUUCUGAAAAAUUAUUAUUUUAAUAUGAACUUUAUUUUAGUGGAAAAUGAUAAAGGAGACGUCUAAUAGAAACGUGUAUUAAAGCAAAAGGGAAAGGUUCAUUUUGGAAGAAAUAGGUUCUGCCGAUUACAUUAUCAACAAGUGGUUUAGGCGUUUUAGUUAUACGCAUAAUUUUUAUGUUCUUCGGUCAAUCCACAAUUAUUGUCAUUUAAAGAAUUUUCAUAUGAAAUAUUAAAUUCAAGGUCAAUAAUAUAUUAAAAACAUAAUUUAUUUAAAUUCGCUUAACUACGCCAUUUUAAUGCUAAAUUUUGCUCAGGUCAAAUUGAUUGUAUCGGUUUUGAAUACGUUAUUUUGCGAUAGAAAAAAAUUUAAAAAAUGUAUUCAAAUAUUACAUUUUAAGAAUAGUUUUUAGUUUCGAACUGCGAUUGAAUUUAUUUUAUUUUUAUCAAAUUUUUUUAUUGAUUAUAAUUAAUUGUAAUUGUAUAAUUAUUAAAGUGCUGGCGGUCUUGUAACGGCUGUCGCGCCCGUCGUAGUCGAAUGUAAAGGCACGUGGAUUGGAUGGUCUGGUUUAUUCGAUUUGAAACCUGAUGAACAAAUUCCAGAAUCCGAUCCGGAAGACAAUGCACCAACUGCCGGGCUUAAAUCUAGCCAAGUAAAUAUUUAAAAUAAUAAUCAUGUGUACCCAGAUAACAGUGGUGGUCAGACGGGGGGGAUGGGGGAUGAUUAUCCUUCCUUCAGUACCUUAUUUUUCUUAAAUUGUUGUAACAAUAUGUACAUAUAUCAAUAUUAUAUCAUUAUAGAUUUAAACAAAUUAUGUAAAAAGGUUCAUACAAAUUGUAUUUGUCUCCCCUUCCUAUGACAGAAUUAUUUGACAGCCAAUGCCAGCAAAUAAUACAAAUAACAUAACCUAACCGCACACCUUUUCCUUUUCGUUUUAUCAUUAGAUUUGAUUAGAAUAUAUUUAUAAUUUCAGAUUAUUCCAGUUCAUCUGGGAAAAGACGAGUUCGAUGAAUAUUACAACGGUUGUUGCAACGGCACGUUUUGGCCUUUGUUCCAUUCGAUGCCCGACCGCGCGAAUUUCGUGUCGAAACACUGGAAGGUAAUUUAAACGUGUACCUAUGCGUUUGAAACGUUUGUUUAUAAUAUUCAAUUAUUUUUUUAUUUUUUUGCGUCUUAUUUUAUUUAGGCUUAUUGUAAAGUCAACGACAAGUUCGCUGACUGUACACUGGAUGCCGUGAGGAAUAUCAUCAAAACCCUUGAUGAAGCAGGCGAUCAUGACACAGCUCCUCUGGUGUGGAUUCACGACUAUCAACUGUUGACGACCGCAACCAAAAUCCGACAGGUGUGCGAAGAAGAGGAUCUCCGGUGUAAACUCGGCUUCUUCUUGCACAUACCGUUCCCGUCGUGGGACAUCAUGAGACUGUUACCAUGGGACGAUCAAAUUCUCCAGGGAAUGUUAGGUAUGUGAACAUUAAAAACAAUCGUUAUAAUAAUUAGAGAUCAAACAUUUCCAGAAAAAUAAUGGAAAUUUUCGAGAAAAAAACAAUUUUGAUUCCUAACAACAAUAGUUAAAUUUUUAUAUCCAAGCAAACCUAUCUAUAUCGUCGAAUAAUACUAAUAAUUAAAAAUUGUAUGUAAUCACGGUAUAGCGUACGAUUUUGCCGGAUUCCACAUCGAGGAUUACUGUUUGAAUUUUAUCGACUGUUGCUGUCGCAGACUCGGUUGUCGAGUGGACCGUACCAACAUGUUGGUCGAACUCGCCGGACGCACCAUCCAAGUGAAAGCCCUUCCGAUCGGUAUACCGUUCGAACGGUUCGUGCAAUUGUCGGAAAAAGCUCCGGCUUUUCUGAACAUGUCCGACGAUGUAAAGGUCAUACUCGGCGUCGACCGAUUGGAUUACACAAAAGGUAAAAUAGUCGCGCCCGGAAUAGGUUUUUAAAAAACACGUCGAAUUUGUAUCUGAGCAUUUCGAAAUAAUGUGUAAUUUAUAUAUUGUUGUGUUCAGGGCUCGUGCACCGGAUCCUCGCGUUCGAAAAGUUUCUCGAAAAGUUCCCCGAGUUUUGGGAAAAAGUCGUGUUCCUGCAGAUUUCUGUGCCGUCCAGGACGGACGUUAAGGAGUAUAAACAGCUCAAGGACGAAACCGAACUGCUCAUCGGACGUAUCAACGGCCGUUUCUCCAUGCCCAACUGGUCGCCGAUUCGGUACAUCUACGGGUGUCUGAGUCAAGAACAACUGGCCGCCUUAUACCGGGACUGCGCCGUGGCUCUGGUCACUCCGCUCCGGGACGGCAUGAACUUGGUGGCCAAGGAGUUUGUCGCCUGUCAGAUCAGGACGCCGGGUGUGCUGAUCCUUUCGCCGUUUGCCGGAGCCGGCGGCACCAUGCACGAGGCGCUGUUGGUCAAUCCGUACGAACUAGACGAAAUGGCCAACGUCUUGAACCGGGCGCUGAAAAUGCCGCUCGAUGAACGUGAGCUCCGCAUGACCCAACUGCGUCACAGAGAACAGCUGUUGGACGUCAAUUAUUGGAUGACGUCAUUCUUCUCGUCCAUGGGUGCCCUGAAGGACGAGAAAGAGGGUCCCCCGAAAACUAUGAGACUGCAGCUCGACGAUUUCGAUAUGUACCUGAGCAACCACAUCGCCGGCGCGGGAAAGCUGAGUCUGAUACUGGACUACGACGGUACGCUCACCCACCUGACGUCGCAUCCGGACCUGGCCAUCAUGUCCGAGGAGACGAUCAAAGUGUUGCAGAGACUCACCAACAUGACGGACGUGAACAUCGCCAUAAUAUCGGGCCGUACGCUGGACAACGUCAAGUCGAUGGUGGGCAUCGAGAACAUAACGUACGCGGGCAGUCACGGUAUCGAGAUCCUGCACCCGGACGGCACGAACUUUGUGCACCCAGUGCCCAGACAAUACGAACAAAAAAUAUCGGGCUUACAAAAGCUACUCAUGGAAGAAGUGUGCAAGGACGGCGCGUGGGUGGAAAACAAAGGGGUCAUGUUGACGUACCAUUAUCGGGAGGCGCCGCCGGCCAAACGGGAACAGCUGGAACGUAGGGCCAUCGAGAUAUUCAAGAACGCCGGGUUCGAUCCGCACCAGGGUUUCUUGGCCAUCGAGGGCAAGCCGCCAAUCACCUGGGACCAGGGUCGCGCGUCCAUCUAUAUACUCCGGACCACGUACGGGGUGGAUUGGUCGGAGCGCGUUCGUGUCAUAUACGCCGGGAACGAGGACGCCAUGUUGGCGCUGCAGGGUAUCGCUUGCACGUUCCGUGUGGACCCGUCUCCGAUAGUGCAGACGGCCGCGGACUUUCGGCUGUCCGGUCCGGACGCGGUGCUGACCAUGUUGAAAUGGGUAGAGAAAGAGAUGCACAAACGGAUGCCCACGCUGAACCGGACGGUCAGCAACAGCCGGUUGCAGAACUCCUCGUUGGCGCACAGUAUCCGGUCUCAGAUGAGCAUCGACCAAAAGGAAGACGAAAAAGAGAAAAUGAUUUUGCUGGCGAGGAGAUCGAAACUAACGACAUGAACGCAAUACGCACAACUGCAGUACGCGCGUCAUAACAACGUAGGCGCCCAUCGAUAUACACGACACCGUAACGCGGAUGUUCAUUGUACAGUGUCCGAUUACACGGCACGUGAACGAUGAAUUACAAUUUUCACGUUGGAAAAUAACCGUCACGCGUAUUUUAUUUAUAAUUGUUGAUAAAUAUAAGUAGUGCAUAUGCAUAAUAUUUUAUAGGAUUAGGAUCGUUGUUUUUUUUUUUUUUUUUCUAGUUAUAAUAUUUAAUACGUUUUUCGACUAUGUAUGUAUUUGUUUUAUUUGUUAUAUAUAUAUAUAUAUAUAUAUAUAUACAUAUAUACUACUAUUAUUGAUAUUAUUACUUUAAUGUAUUACAAUAUUAUUAAACGAUCGACUUGAAUGACAAAAAAAAAAAAAAUAAUAAUAAUAAUAAUAAUGAAAAAUAAUAGAAAACCGCGUGAAUAUUGAUUUUCAGUGCGGACAAUAUUGACGACAUUAUCGUUUCGUACGUUGUUAUAUGUUUGUGUUUGUUGUAUUUGUUUAUAAUAUCGUCGAGCCGCUUGAAACGGCUCUUUCACUGGGCGUUGAAUUUCUUCAUCGAGUUCAGACCCACCGGGGUCGGCGCGGCACCGUGUCCGUACUUUUCGUAGGCCGAGUUCAAGGCUUGCAGUAUCGGCCCGACGUACUCGAUGGAUCUACGCAACAGAAAAAAAAAAAAAUAAUACGAGUAAACAAAUAAUGUUAUUUUGUAGUAAACACACACGCUGUCGGCUAUUGGUGACACGACAGUAUAAACUAUAAUACAACGUUAUUGUAAUUUCCACGUGGAAUUUCACCGUGUCAAACUUUCCGUAACCGUUGACGUUGACUUAUUAUUAUUGAAUCGACCAAAAACAACGGGUUCGAUAAUACAUUUCGCGAAGGCGCCUGUUAUCGCAUAUCCGAAUCGGAAUACAUUUUCAACGUUGAAUAAAAAAAUCAAUGAAAUCGUAAAAUAAAUGUAUAACGGUUGUCGGAGAAUCGGUACGGUCGUUAAAAAUCAGGGUUUCUUAAAUUGCACAAUGGUAAGUUUUAAAACUGAAAA